UUGAGGCUAUGCACCUAAGAGAUGACGAUGACGCUCAGUGCCACAUCGACGACAACCGCCAUCACACGCUCCAUGCAAGAAACGAUUCUACAAAAAGGUUUACGCCAGGAGAUCCCUGCGUCGUUUGUGGUGACGCCGCCUCUGGAAUCCAUUACGCUGUUGCAGCCUGUAACGGAUGUAAGACUUUUUUCAGAAGAGUAGUUCUUGAGAAUCGAACUUAUUCAUGCAAAAAUAACGGAGAUUGCAUCAUAGACAAGAAUAUGCGCUGCUCUUGCAGGCACUGUCGAUUCAAAAAGUGCAUUCGCGUCGGAAUGGAUAGAAGUGAACUCAAUGUUGAACGACGGCGAAAAAGAAAAGCUCGACGAGAUGCAGAACAUGAUGACGACAUCAACGAGGUAGAAAUUACAGAUCCCCUCAUAGAACUCCUUAUCGACAAAGAAGCCAAGUAUCAAAUACUGCUGUCAUCUACUGUCAUGCCGAUACACAACUCUGUGCGCGAGGCGUUAGAUAGUGGCUACAAAGCUUUUGAUGAUGUUGAAAAGUACGCAGCCAAUCCAAUGCCUGUUGGAAUGUCUACUAAUUUCUCUUACUGGCGUGCUAAAAUUCUAUCGGUGAUUGUUGAGUGGGCCAAAUCUUUCGAGAUGUUCAGCAGGUUGACCCUUGAUGACCAAAUGAGGCUUAUUGUACACUCAUCGUUUUCGAAUCUUGUACUAGCGGAAGCAUUCAACACUCCGGAAAAAUAUACAGAUAGAAUUGUCUUUCCAGAUGGUUUGAGUGGGUUUCGAAGCCCAUCUGCGAAUACGUUGAAGGAAAGAAGUGGAUUGAUACCAACAGUAGUCGCGGUUAUAAACAACAUUCUAGUUCCAAUCAGACGAAUGAAAAUGACAAAAAUUGAAUAUUUACUUCUCCAAGCAAUAUUGUUUUACGAUCCAGAAUGUUUAUCGUUAUCGGAAGCAGCACAACAGCUCAUCGCUGCCAAAAGGCGACGUUUGUUAGAUUCUUUGCGCCGCCAUCUUGACGCUAAGUUGAAGGAUCCUACCGAAGGGGCUGCGCGCUUUGCCGAGAUCCUCCUGCGUAUAGGGAACGUCCAGAAAGUAGCCGCAUUCAAGAGGGAGACAUUGUGUACGAUCGAGACUUUCAACCUGAUGCAGCCACAUCCUUUUACUAUGGAGAUUUCAAAGAAAUAUCCGGAUGUUUCAUUUUUCUAGCUUCUGAAUGAAAAUGUCGUCCUCUCGCUUGCCAUAGAUAAGCGAAUUCAUAGAAAGUUACUCUAUGGCAAGCGAGAAAACGAUAUUCAUGAACGUCAUAAAACAUCUUCUGACAAGUUCCUUGUAUAUUUCUCAUUCUUUCCUAGAUUUUAACCCUUUUAAGUUGGUUGUUGGUUAUCUUUUACGCAUUCAUAGCGCUUAUAUUCAGUUGUUCAUAUUGGGAUUUGCUUUUUGAUGCACCUCAUUUUCAUUCUGUGAUAGCUGAUAGGUAAGAGAUUUAUGAUGAGCAGUUUAUCGUACAUCUCUGUAUUCUAUCUCUUUGUAAGUAUGCGAGUGCAUUCAUACCGCGCCGGCAGCUACAGUUUGACCCAAUCCUAACCGGGCCAAAAUUGGCAUGGCGGGAGUCCGCGUCGCGAGGGUUUCGCGCCACUUCUGCGGUUAGCUUUUCUGCUCUCUCC